UGCGAGACUGAUGGGCUGAACAGCUGCCACAAGCGCCGAAGACGUCUGCUCAACCGAUAUGGGGUGAGUGUGUACCGUGCACAAACGGUGGUUGAACUGCACCAAAACCACCUGACUCUCCGUCUUCUUGACAGGAACGAGUACGCCGAAGAAGAGAUCUUUCUUUGUGCCUAUGUAGGUCGCUGUGACGUAACGCGCACCUCCUGCGCACGACAUAUCAUGACCGCGAACAACAGCCGCAUCCAGAGCGGCGGAAGCCGUAAAGCUCCGUGUGUUCCACAAUGCCGAGUGCGAAGCGCCGACGACGACUUCUACACGCUCAAGCGGCCGAUGUUCCGCUCACGGUAG